AAAAACAAGCAGAAAGGAACAGAAUUUAAUGUUGUCCAAAUGAAUCGAUCAUCGUCGUCGAACACCCAGAAGAAGAAAUGGUCUCAGGUUGCAGGGAAGAUGGAGUUGAAGAAGAAUAAGAGGAAGCAGAGCUUUAGAAACCCAUUGCAAGGGGCAAACAACAUCAAAGACAGCAAUAACAACAGCAGCAGUUGUAGUGGAAGCGGCAGCCUUUCCUCUUCGGUUUCAAUUGAAGCACCAAAGGGUUGUCUCAGGUUCUUUCUCUCUCACUCUUCUUCUUCGAAAAGUCCUUUCUGUAAUUGUAAGCCGGCGAAAGCCCCGGCUAAAACCCCCAAAUCUGCCCCCAUUUCACGCUCCUCUAAGUCGUUGCCUAAAUCCAAUACCUUGGUCAAGCAGAAUAAUUUCCCGAAACGGGCUGUUUCUGAGACACCUAUUUCGCAGAAAUUUGAGAAAGUUCAGAAAUGGCAGUUUGUGAAAAAACCCAGUUCAAAAAUUGGGCAGAAGAAUUCAAAUGAUUCUUCUUUUUUGGAUUGCAAUGGUAGUCCUGUAAAGAGGUUAGCUUCUGGCUCUCAAGGGUCACUGAGGCAGCAAGACGAGGUGCAGUGUACUCCUGUGAGUAAGUUAGUAACUGGGUCAGGUUUGGAUUGUAUAGGUGUUGUUGAUGGUCAUAAUGUUUUCGAUGAUAAAAAAUCAAAAGGUAGUGAUGGUAACACUACAACCCCUCCAAUUCAGGCAUCAUUGUCUCCAGAGAUUCAAUGUGGGUCUGAUGUGGUAUCAACAAAAGCAACCACCUCUGCAUGUUAUGGUGCCGGUCACGUUAUCUCUGGGAUUACUGACAAGAGAAAAUGUAGACCUAGAGGGAUACUUGCAGUGGGAGAUUAUGGUGGUACUUCAAGCCUUGGUAAACUCAAGGCCUUGGAUAACUUUGAUGAUUUUGAUAUUGAAGAUAGUGAUGUUGGAAUUGUUAACAAUUCUAGGGUUUCUAUGGUCCCUUUACCUGCUGAGGCUUCAAUGCACUGGUUGUUGUCUCCUUGUCAUGAGGAGAAUGAGAAUGAGGAGAAUUCUAAAAUUAGGUCAUGCCAAUUGCCAAAGUUGGUGGGGCCUAACUCCAAAACACUCAAUUCUCCAUCUUCACCGUUAUCUGGGCCUGCAUUCUCUUUGGACUUGUGCAAGGUCAGCACCCAUCGAAGUGGCACUACUGAUGGCAGUAAUAGUAUGAGUGGCAGGAAGUAUUUGCUUUCUCCCAGUGAAGUACCUCAUUUUAGUUUGUGCUUGGAUUCUUUACGUGAGAAUGUGGUUGUUUCUUCUUCUCCAAAUGUGAAGCCUUGUUAUGGAGCUGGCUCCUUGAAAGAAGAGAGAAAGAACCGCUAUGAUUUUGAUGGAGGAAACUCUCCAUUCUCAGUGGACACAUUGGGCAGUGAAAAUGUUAUUCAAACACCAGAGUCUGAAUCAAGCUCAGAAAGGCCGGGUUUUUUUUCAUGUUUGAGUGCAAAUGAUCACGGGAAACAUAACAUUGAUUUUGAGCUCAGUACAGCAGCUGAAGAUGUUCAGAGGGCAAGCUUGUCUCUCAAGAGCCACAUUUCAAUAUGGGAUCAAACUAAUUCAAGCUUUCAGUUUGAUCAUUUACCUUCACCAUCCAGUUCUGUUGAUCUCUCCCAGUUUCAGAAAGUUUUGGGUGGUCAGGCUUUGUGGACAUCAGAUUCUACACUAGAGAAUUUUUCUCAAUCUCAAAUGAGGAUAUCCUGGAGGGAAGGGUUAGCUAGUCGAAUUUUUGAGAUGGAUGAGCUUGAUAGCUGUAGGUGUCUAUCAGAGGAAGAGGAAGACUUCAAAAUCAAUAGCAAUGACCAAUUAAAAUCCUUCCAAAAUCCCGAGAUCAAUAUUGAUAUGGUGAAUGAUUUGAGUUUGAAUGAUGCUUUUGGGUCUGCUGAAUUUGUAGACAGCGAACUCACUACAGAAAGGAAAUGCAAAGAAAGGCUCCCAUCUGUGCUAACAUAUUCAUGUGCAGAAUCCAUUAGCACUGACAGAGGGGGCCUGGUCAGUUCAGAGGAAUCAAAUUGGAGUCUCUGCUACAAGAACAGCCUGUUUGAAACAUAGGUCAUUGCUAAAUUCCUUCAUCCCACUAAAAUGAAUCUGGCAACCCCAGGUUGAGGUGGUUGUUAUUGCUGAGGAUUGAGGAUCACUAUACAAGGACCACCAUUGUACUCUGUCCAUUCAGUAAUUUCCAUUUCAUUUGUUCUCCUCUUGAAUAUUAGCUGUUUAUGAUUACUUCUUUUAUUUAAAUUUUGCAGAAAGCAUUUCAUUACUAAGCACUUACCUAGUUCUAUCUCUAUGCUGAAUCAAAGAACCUAUGAGUG